AUUUUAGGGCUCUUUGUGCUGGUUAUGGAGAAGCCGGGGCAUCUCAAGGCGGUGGACGUGGUGCUGCUUACAGCUCAUGAGGCGGAGCACAUUGUGGAGAAUCUCAAGUGUUUCUCGGUGAAAGAGGUGGGAUGUCCUGCGUGGAUGAAGCAACACCGGAAGCUAGAAAAGCUUAAUCUCCAGGCCCAUUAUAACACUAUAGCUCACUGUGACGAGUUCAUUAUGGAGGCUUUGCUUUCGUUUGAAAAGCUAGGAGUUUUGAUUCAUGAGCUUCUUGUUAUCGAGAUCUGGAAAGAGAAGGUCUUGCCUCAUAUAAUGAAGCACUUGGCUGGAAUGUCAUCUACAAUAAGGCUGAGCCUGAUUUUCUAUCAGGAAGUAACAGUUAUAAAGUUGUUUGAGAUCAUGCUCUUUCACAAGGAAGCGUGUAAAGCACUGGGUAGCAGCAACCUUCUUGAGCUUGUUGAUUAUUGCUAUCGAAAACUGGUGUAUCUCAACACAAAUGCUUCAAAAGACGCCGCUUAUAAAGAAAGAACUGCCCAGCAAGUCAUGUCUCUAAAGCCAGAACUUGAGAUGGAAGAAAAGGCUGGCGAGAUAGAGUUUGGCUGUGCCAUCGCGUCCUUGACAAUUUUGCGGUACAUGCUGUCUGCUGUUGCUGAUAACAUAAAACGUACUUCAGCGAUUAUGUCAAUGAUCUUCCUCCAGGAGAAUGCACAGGCCCGGCUGAUUGACACGCAUGAUGUGAUUAUGGGGCUUGUCAACCUUGUGGAGUCCCCCCCAUGGGAAAGACGAAGAAAUCUUAAAGCCAAAGUCGUGACAGAAAAGUAUGAGGAAGGAAAAUGGGUUGAGGUUCCUCCACAAGAUCGGUUCAGGAUUUUCAAGUCUGAAGCACAAGUCUGGCUGGCAUUGAAUAAUCUUGUUGCAGACAUUCAGUGCCGUGCUAGAUACACCUACGAUGAUUUCCGCCAGGCUCAAGUCUUGAAGCUGCGAAAGUAUCUGAAUGAAAUGGUGCUGGAGCAGCUGCCGGUUUUGAAGGAUUUACAAUGGGCUUUAGAAGAAAUUUCUCUCAAAGUGUUUGCGACGGAGGAGGACCGAAGAACUGCACACUUGAUCAUGGAGGAGAUACCGGAAAUGAGAACAGCGCUGCUUGCCAGACGAGACUGGAGACAACUUGCUGAAGAUCAGAUAGAGAUGAUACGAUCCGACCCACGAUUGAGUGGCGAUUCCCCGGCAGAGCUGGACGAACUAAUGCGGAUGUUCCAGUUUGGCGAGUCCAUGGAUACGCCCAAGUGCGCAGCUUGCGGCGCUCCAGCGGAGAAACGAUGCUCACGCUGUAAAAAUGAUUGGUAUUGUGGUCGGAGCUGCCAAGUCGCAAACUGGAAGAUCCACAAGAAGAUAUGUGACUUGGUCUCAAGCGCUAACACGAAGAGCUCCUAGCCUAGCGACGCUUUAGCGCCAACGUUUGAAUUUAAA